UUUACGUUUUUGUCGCCUGUGUGAUGUCGACGUGUACGCCGGUUUUGGAAAGCUUUGGAAAGCUUUGGAACGGAAGAAGGCCUCAUUCACCAUGGGGAAGAAAGAUGCAAAGAAGAGUAACCUUUCUGUUGACCAGUACCGGAAGAAUAUCGGCAAGCAGGACUACAAAAAAAGCAAGAAGGAUCUGCACCGGUCAAAGCGAGAGGCGGAUCGACGGAAGACUAACACUGUCUUCAGGGACUCCAUGCUCGUCUUGCUUGCACUGUGUGCCGUGAUGUGCCUCGUUUACAUGUUCUUCUAUCUUCAGAUGCCUUCAGAGUCAUGAUUGAUAGGAACCCCCUCCAGCUCUUCGAGCAGUGUACAAUUAUACAGGAAUGCAAGAACUUUGGGGGUAAAAAGGGUGUGGUUAUGGAAUAGGCGACACCCUCCUAAGUGGAUACCCCCUUUCAGCACUACCAUCUCCUGAGCUACCCACACCCCUUGGAGGUACAAAAUGUGUUCCAUAGAGUACAAAACCAGAUCCAGACAAAAUUAUGUUGGG